GUUCUGUUUAAACAUACAGCAACAUGUCUUACAUGCUUCCACAUUUACAUAAUGGCUGGCAAGUUGACCAGGCCAUUUUGGCAGAGGAAGAUCGCGUGGUUCUUAUACGUUUUGGUCAUGACUGGGAUCCUUCGUGUAUGCGUAUGGACGAGACGCUCUACAAAAUUGCCAAUAAAAUCAAAAAUUUUGCAGUUUGUUAUCUCGUAGGCAAGUGACCAGGUUAUCAUUUCCUAAUUUUUUUAUCAAUUAAAGAUAUCUCCGAG